AUGGCAUCUUUUUUCAAGAAACCUGGUAACUAUUGGUUUAUAGUCCCCUGGAUAGCGUUUAUACCUUGGUACGGUAUGCUUAUUGCCAUGUUAGCAUGCUGGGCCGCUCAGGGACAUCCGAUAUAUUGGUUUAUGGAUACAGAUCAAUUCCCUGUGUUUAUAUCGGAUAUUGGUGCUACCAACUUGAAACCGUUGUUCAUUGCUUGUGCCGGAUGGCAAGGCAUUGGGUAUGUGAUAACUUUAUGUCUAGAAUUCUUACAGAGAUAUAACGGCUGGAUGAAUCCAUGGUUUACUCGCGACGAACGUAAUCUAAUUAUCGCAAGUAUUGUUUUGGGAAGCAUUGGCGAAUUAGGGAUAUUGUUUUGUUCCAUUUUCACCACAGCUAGCUAUCAUCAUGUGCAUAUUGCUAUGCUUACCAUAUUCAUAGUAUUCAUGUUCUUAUCAUUGGUAUGUCUAACGACAGAAUAUUAUUUGAUGGGGUUCCAUUAUACAAUUUUAAGAAGACGUAAUAUCUCUAGAGAUGUUACUAUGCAAUCUGACGGCGAAACUAUUGCUCAUUGGAAUAAAUUUCUUAUUAGUGCCAUUUUCAAGACUUUAUGGUUAGUAUGUGCCGUGAUAUGGGCAGUUUCAUUCGCUACAGUAUCGGGGGAUUCGAAGAGUGCCGCUUUCGAGUGGCUAUUGGCGUUUUGGUUGGGUGUGAUAUUCAUUAUCAUUUCCAUUGAUUUUUAUUUGGGGUCUCAAUGGAAAACGUCAAAACAUUUCCCUUACUUGAAUAAUUUCGGAACGUUUUAUAAGUUUCAACAGUAUAAGGAGAAGCAUCCUGGAUUGUACACUGUUGAAUCGGAAGUCAAUUCAAAGAGUAGUUCCGGGACAUUGGUAUUGACUGAUGUGCCUACUGGACAAGAAGAAGUUGCUCAUCAAGUUGUAUAA